CGUAAAUGUUCAUACACAACAAAACAAGUGAAAUUUGUUAUUGUCAAAAUGUGUUUAUUCUUGCCUUGAACAUAAUAAUUUAUUUACAUGAAAUAAACCGUAUUAGUCAAAAUUUUCUUUAAAAUGCGUUCCUUUCGAACGGCAAGUAAAGAGGCCGAUCGGCGUAAAGAUCAACCAACCACCAGUCGUCGCUUUUCGCCCGAAUGCCCUGUUGAAGUGCACAAGAACAUUAAGAAACAACCGAAAUUUCUACCCAUGGGAAAGAGCGUGCCGUUAGCACCGCUACACUGCCGCUUAGCACACAAGUUGCGACUGGCCAUCUACGAAGGCAACUCGGCAAAUCCGCGACAAAAUAGAUUUUUGAAGACAGCUGUGCGCCGAGUGACCGAACAGGGCCUUUCCAUGCAUGAAGCGGAGCAAAUCAUCAACACUUACGCCGAUACGCGCACCACGCUACACCGUCAACUGCUGCAAAUACGCUGCAAUCGUAGGAUAUUUCUCAUCUGCACGUUGCGCUCGGUGCUUACGGCCGAACUGAAGUUACGUUUGUUGCCGUUGAUGCGGAACUAUAAUGCCAGCUUCGUGCACGUCAUGCACAACUUCUUCAGCAGCGCCACCAUCGAGGCGAUCAUCUCGCUGCAGACCUCGUUGGAUUUCAGCGAUCUCGAGGGUUCGAUAACGCGUGACGCGAUCGCUUGCAAAGCGCAAGGCAUUGAAAUGGUCGACUACGAGACGGGCGCUGUCAACUUUAAGUGCAAUCCGAGCGAAUUGGAAACUGUGCUGAAGGCAGUCACUGCCAAGGGCUAUACGGUGCUACACACCGAAUACAGUUUCAAGGCGAAGAGGUGCAUAAAGCUUGAUGAACGCGAACGUGAGGAGUACAGAAGGUUUCGCACAAAGCUUUCCAAGGCGCACGAUUUCGAUAAGUUCUUCGAUAAUGUAGCGCCGCAGGAGAUCGUGGUUGAGGAUGAGUCGGACGUCAUAAGCGCCGACGCGAUAAUUAAGACGUUAUAGUGUAGAUUUUUUGGGGACA